AUGCUUGAGCCAAGGGAAGCUGAUAUACCUGCCCUGUUUCUGGUUUUCGUUGUGCUGCCUUUGGUUGCUUACGUUUUACUUGGAAAAUGGAGUGAGGCAUCUAAGAAGAGAGAGAGGGUAAGUUUGCUUGCUCAACUGGCUGCAGAAGAAGCACUUAGAGCAGAAGCAAUGGCUGUUGCUGAUGUUAUUCCUCCUGUGUCUCCUUCGAAGAAUGGACUUCAUGCAUGUGCCAGAUGCUUUAGUCCAUCUACAACCCGCUGCUCUAGAUGCAAGUCUGUCAGAUAUUGUUCUGGGAAAUGUCAAAUAAUUCAUUGGAGGGAAGUUCACAGGCAAGAAUGCCUGCAGUUGGAACCUACAAGUUCAAGCUCAUCCCCUAAGUCUGUCUCAUUUGGAGAAUCUUUUCACGAGAAGUUCUUACUUAAUGACAGCAUCAAUUCACAGUACUUUGGGUGUAAUAUGGAGCAGAUUUUGGCUGAGGAAGCACCAGCUGAUAAUAUAAUGUAUCCUUCUAUAAGCACUGGUGUCCCUGCUGCUACGGUUGACUGUGCUUCAGUUGAUCCCUCUCAAGUCCCCAUGCUGGAGAGAAAGCGGGUUUCCCGAAAAUCCAACAGAGAACUGUUCAGAAAAAAAGUUGGAAUUGCAUUUGAUUCUUCUGAAGAAGCAUCCUGUGGUUGGACUACCCAAUCAACCCCUUCUAAUGUUAUUUCAUCAAAAGAUGUUUUUAUGGAGCAUAAGUUAAGAAAUUUUGACUCUCACUUAUCAGAGGAAGAAAAUCGUAAGAAACAAAGUUUCCAUAUUUCUGACAAUUAUAUUAAAGGACAAGCUACUUCAAGAAAUACAGUGCAGGAGAAUGAUAUGUUUCAAAGUCAACAUGGCAACAUAUAUGAAUCAAGAAGCAACUCUGGAUUAACAUCCUCGUCAUAUUCUUCCAAAUGUGGAACAGAUGUGCAUGAAAUUGGGUUGGACUUCAUUCCGAAUGGAGGAAAUCCCCUUAAAGGGGAAACAACAUCCAAUGUUGAAACAACGGAGUACAAAUGUACUGAAAUGACUGCAUUGAAGGCCAGCGUAAAGGCUAAAAGAGCUCCGUAUUCUCUUGGGACCAAGGUGUCUAAAUUGCCCAAAUCAACAAUGGAAGUCUCUGGAGAGCAGUAUUGCUCAGAGAUAGAGACGCAGGGACGCAUUGCUGAAGAUUCCAAAGUAGCUGGAAUGAGAGAUACCAGCACACAGGGGAGCAACGGAAUUGCAAACUUAAGGAUCAUGAAGAUGAUGGGUCUAAAGAAGCCAAAAACCAUAACCAGAGAGGAUGCCCCUGAAGUCAAUGGUUAUCGACACAAAACCAAGAAGGUCCUGUUCCCUUAUGAUGAGUUUGUGAAGUACUUUCAGUGUGAAGUCUUUGACUUAUCACCUCGAGGCCUUUUGAAUUGUGGGAACAGUUGCUAUGCAAAUGCCGUCUUGCAGUGCUUAACCUGCACAAAGCCUCUCAUUAUGUAUUUGCUUCGUAGAUCACAUUCAAGCGCCUGUUGUGGUAAAGACUGGUGUCUCAUGUGUGAACUGGAGCAACAUGUGAUGAUGCUACGAGAAAUUGGGGGCCCCCUUUCUCCUAGCCGAAUUCUUUUUCACAUGAGGAGUAUUAAUUGCCAAAUUGGUGAUGGAAGUCAGGAAGAUGCACAUGAAUUUUUAAGGCUUCUAAUUACAUCAAUGCAAUCUAUAUGCUUGGAGGGGCUAGGUGGUGAAAACAAGGUUGAUCCCAGAUUGCAAGAAACAACUUUUAUACAACAUACAUUUGGUGGGCACCUCAGAUCAAAGGUCAAGUGUUUGAGAUGUCAUCAUGAGUCGGAACGAUAUGAAAACAUCAUGGAUCUAACAUUAGAAAUAUUUGGUUGGGUUGAGUCACUUGAGGAUGCACUGACUCAAUUUACCACCCCUGAAGAUUUGGAUGGAGAAAACAUGUACAGAUGCGGAAGCCAGGAAGCAAUUGAGCAUACACGAAGCUCCAAAUAUCCUGACAAUUGUCUUGAAGAGAUUUCAGGGCGACAUUCCUCCACUUUACUUGCUCUACGCCGUUGUGGUGCAUUUGGAUACGCAGAAUGCAUCUUUUCCUCUGGACAUUAUGUGGCAUAUGUGAAAGACAUGCGAGGCAAUUGGUUCAGGAUAGAUGACACUCAGGUUCAGCCCGUUUCAAUGAGCCAGGUUAUGAUGGAAGGAGCAUAUAUUUUAUUUUACAUGAGGUCUUGUCCCCGCCCUCAAAGAGCAUUCACUGGAAAAUCUAUUAGGCAGCAAGUUCCGAAUGUUGAAAACCAUUGCAUGUCAAAAGCUCAGAAGGCAAGGCCAGGUCAAAGCAAACACAGCAGCCAAUUUGUUAGCCCAGUGCAUUUACCAGAUGAUAUCAGGCCAGAAAUCGCAAAUAGCUUUGCCAAUAGUACCUCCAGUGACAUCUUUAGGAGUUCUAAUGGGAAUGUUUUCCCAAUGACGGAAACAUAUGGUGAGCCCAUCGGCGUGGAGUUCUCUGAUGCUACAUCAAGCGAUUGGUCCCUUUUUACAAGUUCCGAUGAGGCCUCUUUCACAACUGAGAGUACUAGAGACUCUUUUAGUACAGUAGAUUAUGCUGAUGCAGGCAAUAUCUCGUCAAUUUUCAACACCUUAUAUGCUCCAGAGUAUUCUCGCAGUUCUGUUUCAUGCAGAAAAUUUUCAAAUAGUAGGCCAAACACUAGGUUUGUUUCCAAGGACAAGGGCCUUUUGUUGGAUUCGUACUUGUCAACCCAUCCCAUUGACAGAGUACAGAAUCGAAACUAUUCAAAACAGGUCAGUGAUUCACCGACUGCACACCUUCCAGAUGGUAAAUGCAGCACUUUUGUAAGAUAUGGGAGUAACCCAGUACACUUUCUCGACCGAACGUCUGAUCAUUGUAAACUUUAA